UGUAAGUAUUGGUGAGAAACCCAGGAAAAAAUAAUGCGGCCAUUUAUUAUAUUGUAUUAACAGGAAGAAACUUUUAGUUAAUGGAACUACAAUUGCCACAGGCCUGCCUUGCUGGUACCAUAAAGCUGCCGAUAAACAGAGGUGCACUAGUACCUGUCGAUACCGGUCACCAGAGACGCACUGGUACCCUAUCGAUGCCGAUCAUCAGAGGUGUGCUGGACCCCUUAUGUCAUGAUGUCAUCAUAUUGAUCAGGUGUUUUCAACCAGCACUGAUCGAUGGUUUUAAUGGAAUUCAAAGCUUGAUGGAUAUAUCGUCUGUAUUUGUCCUGUCGUACUCACGGUAAAGAGCUCUUCAACACCUCUUGCACAAAACAAAAAAUCCUGGAUGGCCGGGCAGACGAAGACUUCAGUCAGGUUUGAAAAGGCAAGAAAACAGUUUUACGUUACUGAAAGACAUAGAAAAGAAUCGAUUGCAGAAACAUAUCAUCAUGCCGUCCUGUGUUUGUUAUUUCCAACAGAUGACAGUGCGAUGCGUUCCAGAUUGAUUUCAAACACACAAGAGAGAAAUAUAAAGCGGAAGGAAAAAAGAAGUAUGAUGAAUUCACCACAAACCUUGCACAAGAUAUAAGCAUGACCACCACCACAGCCAC